AUGAAAUUAUUAAUAUUUCUUGGAAAACUAUUUACAUGUCUAAUUUUGAUUUGGGAAGGAAUGCAAAUGAUUGAUUUACCUAUAAAAGUGUUAUCCAAUUUUAUAAAUCAUCACUAAUUGAUUUGGAGAUUAGGCGAAUAAUUUUUUAUCGAGAAUUUCUCCGAAGAUGUAUGAAAUUGAAUGAAAUAUAUAAAAUAGAAUAAUCCUUUUUCAGGCGAAUAAAAUUAUAAAUUCUUUGUCAUUACAUUGAUAUAAGGUCUGGGGGGUUUGUAAAUAUUGUUGGCUACGUUUAUAUUUUUUGGAAAAACUUGGGCUAAUGCUAUUUAAAUUGGAAUAAUUUUAAUGAAAUCAUAUCAAGGAAUUGGAGAAUAUUGUUUUUAAGAAUUAAUAUAUACGAUAGGAAGAAUAGGAAGUUUAAUGAUAUGA